UACUUCUGUCCCGUAUGAGGAUAAGAGUUUACGGAGUUAAAGCUGGGAGGGAAAACAUAAAGAAACUCAAUACACUUUUAAAAUUUUGCAUUUCAACGGAUGAUAAUCAGUCUAGUCCUCUCUCUCAUCCUACGAUUUGCUUUUUUCGGGAUGCAUCGAUGACGUCAAUGAAAAAAAUGCGAUGUAUGAAUAUACGUUGUGAGUAAAAGUAGUUCACAGCACUAUUUUGCCCUGCGCAAUACAAGUUUUCGUGUGUAUAUCAGUGAAGCGGCUAAAUUUUUCGUUCAACUCGUAAUGGUGUCCUCCAUUCUUUGAGAGUUCUAAGGAAACAUUCAAGAUUUCGCCACAUCUUUCGCCUAUGAUAGGAUCUAUGAACAACCAGAAAUUCCUUUGACCGUUCGUUAAGCGUGUGUUGGUAUUUUUGGAUCGUCAAAAUGUCGCAGGACAUGCAAGAACGGAAAGGUACACAGGUAGUGCAUGUGAGGGAAAAUAGUGGAAAUGAACUUGAUGCACUGUUUCAGUACGCAGCUAAUCCAAACCCCGAAUUAGGGGGACAUAUACCGUUCCGUCAAAGGAAUUUACCUCCAUCGUUUUUUAACGAACCAAAACCGUCACAACCUGGCCAUGUGAAGCAAGGUAGUAAUGACUCGACAGGUUUUCCUGGACAAAUGAACGUUAACCCCGCCAUGGGGACCCAUUUGAGGGCACACUCUUCACCCGCGACUUUACAACAAACCCUUUCAGCGGCCCCCCAACCCCCCACUCACGCCCGACAGCAUUCCUGUGAUGCCUUGUUAGACCCCAUAGAGAGCGAACCCCUGCCCCCAGGGUGGGAGAUGGCCAAAACUCAAGAUGGACAGAGAUAUUAUUUGAAUCCAUCAGAUAAAAGUUUACAUGUUCACUUAACCCAAAUCACCACCUGGCAGGACCCUAGGAAAACAGGCAGCACCAAUGCUCUCAACAGUCGAACACCACCGCCCCUCUCUCAGUCUCCCAACGUUUCACUCCAGAAUCUGGGGCCACUACCUCCUCUCCCACCUGGAUGGGAGCAAGCAUCAACCGCAGAAGGGGAUAUUUAUUUCAUCAACCACGUAGAGCGCACCACAAGCUGGUACGAUCCACGCAUACCUGAGCAACUGCAACAGUUGAGACUCAGCACCUCCCAACCCCAAGGUGUUCAACAGGUGCAGCAACGGCAAAUGCAACGGCCAAUGGGACAACCACCUCAGCACCCAGCCAAUCGUACAAUGGGUACAAAAAAUCCAGCCUCAGUUCAGAUUUCAAAAAUUCAGAUGGAGAAAGAAUUAUUGCGCAAGAGGCAGGAAGACCUACAGCGUCAGGAAAUGAUGCUAAGAGCGCAUAUGCAGCAACAACAACAGAUUCAUGAAAAUCCCCCCUCAUCUCAAGGCAUUGUGAUAUCUCAAGCUCUGGAAAUGACUACAGUGGCAGACCCCUUCCUUGGACAGUCAAAUGCCACAACAAACCACAUCAAGCAGGAAAGCUCAGACAGCGGUGUUGGAGGUAUGGGUACUGGCACUCCAUAUGGCCUCUCUCGAACUCCUGAAGAUUUCCUUAGUAAUGUCAGCGAAAUGGAACAAGAUGGAGGAGGACACAGACACAGUGAAUUCAAUAACAUGGAUAUAGGAAACAUUGGAGGAAAUGAAGAAAAUAGCAACAUGGACAGUGAGGACUUGGUCCCCAGCCUGCAGGAAGACAUCAGCAAUGAACUCUUAAAUGACAUGGAAAGUGUGUUAAAUGUCAAUAAACUGGAUAAUAUUCUCACGGGGGACAAUUCGCUCACAUGGCUGUGAAACACGGAAACAACCUACAUAUUCCAUGUUGCAUCUCCUCUGUCACAUGACACAAGGUCAUGUGACCACCAGGAGCAGUUUAAGAGGAAUCUUAUGUACUGCCAAACCUAAAGUUGCACAGUUUUAGUGAGAAAGUUAUUUUUCAAUAGAUUUUUUUUUUAGAUUAUCAGGGAAAAAUGAGAAAGAGAAAUAAAAGAGAUAUAUUUUGUACUCUCUCAUCAUUAUUAUUAAUCAUUUAUCAUAUACUCUCAUCUUAUUAAUUGUGUUCCAUGCCAAUUUUUUCUAUGCCAGUGUGUAUGAAAUUCUUAUUGACUUACAAUGGUUUGUAGCACAAUGCGAUAUAGUAUAUAUACAUAUAUAUGUAGGACAAAAGUUAUAUGGUCAGUAUUGUUCUACAUAAGUAAUCUUACAUUAAUGUUUAAAGCUUCAUGAUGAAGCAGUGUAAAACCACUUGCACUGCAUGAACAAUGGAAAACAAAAAUCAAAAUACUACCAAAGAAUUGAUGCUCCAAUGUGUCGAUGGGCUUGACAUAUGUAAAUAUGGUGGAAAUUUUUGUUUUUUGGUAGCAUUGUCAAAUAUUUAACACUGUUACUAUGUGAAAAGUUGUUUAAAUUUCGUAAAUUUUUGUCCCCGUCAUAGAAGAUGAUUGCAUGCAAUAAUGAUAAUAAUAAUGGUCUAUGCACCCUGUAUUUAAAAAAAAAGAAAAUUUUUAACCCAUUUAUACAUUAGUUUAUUGUGUUGGCUGUAAUGUGAUAAAUAUCUGUUGUAAAAAAUUUGGGUUGAUCAUAUGUGUAUUUUAACAGCCUCGACUGUCUUUCCUUGUGAAGGGCUAUUAAAGUGUUUAUUUUCAUUUUUAUGCUAUACUGUUGUUUUGGAAUGAAACCUUGUUUUUAUUUGUCAGUAUUUUCAUUCGUUAUUUUUAAGUAUGAUUUUUUACAUAGAUUUUAUGAACCUUUUAGCUGAACAGAUGAAUAUUUAGAUACAACAUCCUGCCAAAUUAAGGGGAAAAAAGAGAAUGAUUUACAAAAUAAUCUUUGAACACUCUUCCUGUUAAAUGAAUUGUUUUGUGAUAUGAUGAUCACAUUGUGACGAUUUGAGUGAGAGAGAAAAUGGCAGCGGCAGUGAGACGAAUUGAUAUUAUUUUCAUUAAUUGUCAAAAGAUUGAACAUCUCCGAAUUGUUCACAAUGGUGGAUAAUUUUAGAAGAUCUUAUUGUUUUUAGAUUUAUGUGUAAAAAUGAAUAUUCAGUAGUGAGAGAUUUGGAGAUUAUCUCCCUUUUAUGCUGUUAUCGCCUUAAUAUGCAUGUGAUAUUUGAUUCAUAUUGUCCCUGUGAUAGUCUUGUAUAACAAACAGUCUGUCCUUAUUUUGUAAUAACUUCAUUUCAUUUGCACAAUACCAUGGACAUUACAAACUGAGUGCUGCUUUUUUUUUUUUUUUUUGAGGUUGUAAAAUUUUCAUCUUUUUUUCCCCCCUUAUUGUCACACCAUGAUACUAUCAUUAUGCAAUAAGGAUGUCUCUAAACUUGUUGAAAUACUUUGGGGGACCUUUUCUGCUUGAACGUGUUCAAAAUAAUGAAGAAGGAAGUGUAUCCGGUGAGAAACAGGACUCGUAGAAUAUUGGAAGUCAAUCGCAAAUGAUACAUCAAUAUUUUCUUUGACCUCGGUGUUGUUACUGAACCAGAAUUUGAGUAAAGUGAAUUUGUUUUAGUAAUUGAUUUUGAUGGACAGCAUUUGUUGUACCAUAUUAUAAGGUAAAAGCAACUUUGUUUUAGCAAGGGGGCAAGGUCCGGUUGACCGUAUUUGUUCAUGAGAUGAGCGUUUUAGUUCUCAUUGCUCAGUGUUCAGAGUUGAGUAAUUGUCAUUUUAUUAUUGCUUUUUUUCUGUCAUUAAGAAGAGAAAGGUCUCCUCGAGAAGAACUUUCCUACAUAGGAUGACAAAAUCUGUAAUCUAUAGAUAUUAUACUUCCAUGUUGUGUCUGUUGAAAUGUUUUGUCAAAUUUUAUUUUGGUACAUUUUGAUAAAUACCGUGUUCUUUGGACAUCUUUUUUUGUACAGGUGUAAGACAGAGCCAUGAACAUACAUUCCAAUGUCCUUAUCAUUUGUAUGCUGGAAAUUCAUGCCUAAAAUAACAAAUUUUUUUUCUCAGGCUUGUAUUGAAGUAAAGUAUCUUUUUCCAGCCAGCCUAAGAGUACAAAAAUCACUAUCAAAGAUUUUCAUACUCAAAGUGUCUCGGAGUUGGGGGUGGGCAACUGAUUUUAGAUUUGUAUUUUGUAGAUUUGAAUUUUGCGCAUAUGUAGAUAAAAUGUGCAAUUGAAAGUGCUACAUUUGAAAGAUUAUUUAUACCGUUGUCUUUUUAUUCUAAGAUUUUAAGAAUUGCAAGAGUGGCUUCACUCUGUAAAUCUUUCAUUUGUGAAAGUAACAACUUCAGGAUGAGCCUAUUGAUGAUCAAUAUAUUAAUCUUAUUUAGCAUAUUCUGUACUAUAUGGCCUCUUUCAAUUUUUUUUUUAAAAUAGUAUAUUACAUGUAUAGCAAAUCUUUAUAGAAAAUAUAAGUGUACAUAUGAGGAUCUCAAGAAGCAAAGCAAGUGAAGUGUAACAGGGGUUUUUAUAUAUACAUGUAUAUACAUAUAUGUGUAUCUGGUGAGAAUGAAAAUGAAUUCACUGACAAUAAAUAAUGACCCUAAAGGAAGGUCAUGAACAUUUGUAGAUAAAAAUAAUAUGAAAAAAAACAAUAAAAAUUGUAUAAAAUGAA